GAAUGAGUCCAACAGUUGACUUGGUAGAGCUCCCAGAUAAGUACUCAUCCACACCAGUAGAUGAUGACCAGCCAUUGCCAAAGCUGGAUCACCCGCAGAACGACGCAUCAGCCAUGGAACUGCACUCCAUCAUAAGCUACACCCUCUUCCUCGUCUUCAUGUCCGUUCUGUUGCUUGAAAACCUCGUCGGGGCUGCAUCCUACACCGUCGGCGACGCCGAGGGAUGGACGUACGGGUUAGAUUACCAGAGGUGGGCGCAGAAGUACAACUUCACGGUCGGCGAUGCUCUACUGUUCAGCUAUAUCAGGGGACAGCAUGACGUGUAUCGGGUGGUGGAAGAUACAUUCCGAUCCUGCGACGUGAGCUCCGGCGUCAUGAGCUCUUAUGAUUCCGGCAACGACGUGGUGAACCUGACGCGGGCCGCCAAGUACUGGUUUCUGUGCAACGUCAAGGGACACUGCAGGGGCGGGAUGAGAUUCGGGAUCACCGUGGCGAGAGCAAGCCCGAGCCCCAGCGGAGGUGGCGACGGAGAGUCUCCCUUCCCGACAUCUCCACCGCCACCGCUGCCCGGUAAUGCCGGCGCAUCCGUAGCAAGGACGACGUGGUGGCUUGUGGUGAUAGGUUUGUGGUUCGUGAUCAACUAUUUAGGAGUAGAUUGACUUCUCCUCCUCAAGUGCUUGUUUCAAUAUCGUUCGAUGUCUCUUCCUCGCUUACGUUAUCUUUGGUGAGAUUUAUUGGACUGCUUAAUAUAGUAUGUUUUGGUUGACGAAGACUUCACAUGGCUAUCUAUGUUCAACGUUACGUUGUAAUAGAUGAAUCCAACCUCUGUGAGUUGACUGUCAUUUGAUACGACUUGUACCUAUUGGGACAUUAAUUAGAUCUAUCCGUCAGCA